AUGGAGAAGUAUGAAGAGUGCUGUUGCGAAAUGUUAGCGGUCGACAAGGACGACGAURCAAUCUUAUCGCAAUUGGUGGACAGUUUUGAAAACGAGAACUCGUCUUUAACUGUAAAAACUAUUGAAGAGGAGCAAGUCGAAGAGCCUCAGCAAAGUCGUUUCAAGAAAAUGCAAGAGAGGAAUUUAGUAGAACUAGCAGAGGAGUCGAUUCCAACUAAUGCAAAGAGUAAAGCCAUGUGGGCUUUCCGUUUAUACCAAAAUUGGGCAAUGUGGCGAAAGAGCRGUGACUUUUCUAAAGAUGAGAAGUCUAUGGUUUCUGAAAUAGUGGAGAAGACGACAGAAUUGUUGGAUAUUACGCAAGACGAAAACCUGAGUGACGUUGUUAGCCAAUUCAUCGCUGAAGUUAGAAAGGAAGGAGGCGAACGAUAUCCUGCCAAAACAUUGCACGAGAUAGUGAGUACUUUGCAGAAGUAUUUUGAAAUGAAGGGGAGAGUAGUUAAGUUUUUUUCUGGAGGGGCAUUUGAAAAGCUAAGAAAAUCACUAGAUAUCGAAAUGAAAACUUCAACCAAUAACAAGCUAGGCUAG